AAACUACAACAAUGGGAAGCACAUAUGCUACACCUGAAACUACAUCUCAAACAACAGCAACAGUAGGCUCAACUACAACACCAACAACCACAUCACAAACUACAGCUGCAACAGGCACGUCUACUACACAGGCAACUACAUCACAAACUACAGCAACAUCAGACACGUCUACUACACCAGCAACUAUAUCAGAAACAACAGCAUCAGCAGGUAUCACUACUGCACCAACUACAUCACAAACUACUGUAACAACAGACACGUCUACUACAACUGCAACUACGUCAACAACAACUGCAACAGUAGGUACCACUACGACACCAUCAACUACAGCACAAACAACAGGAACAGAAGGCUCCACUACAACAUCAACAACCACACCCAUAUCAGACACGUCUAUUACACCCGCAACUACAUCACAAACUACAGCAACAACUGGCACGUCUACUACCCCAGCAACUAUAUCAGGAACGACAGUAACAGCAGCCACCACGACUACAUCAACUACAUCCCAAACAACAGCAACAGCAGACAUCUCUACUACACAAGCAACUGCAUCUGAAACUACAGCAACAACAGGCACAACAACUACAACACCUACAUCACAAACUACUCUAACAACAGGCAUGUUUACUACACCUGAAACUACAUCACAAACUACAGCAACAGUAGGCUCAACUACAACACCAACAACCACAUCACAAACUACAGCAACAACAGGCACGUCUACUACGCAAGCAACUACAUCACAAACUACAGCAACAACAGACACGUCUACUACACCAGCAACUAUAUCACAAACAACAGCACCAGCAGGCACCACUACUACACGAACUACAUCACAAACUACAACAAUGGGAAGCACAUAUGCUACACCUGAAACUACAUCACAAACAACAGCAACAGUAGGCUCAACUACAACACCAACAACCACAUCACAAACUACAGCAACAACAGACACGUCUACUACACCAGCAGAUAUAUCACAAACAACAGCACCAGCAGGCAUCACUACUACACCAACUACAUCACAAACUACUGUAACAACAGACACGUCUACUACAACUACAACUACGUCAAAAACAACUGCAACAGUAGGCACCACCACGACACCAUCAACUACAUUGCAAACUACAACAACAGCAGACACCUCUACUACACCAUCGACUACAUCACAAAGUACAGAAACAGUUGUCAGUACGACAGCGCCAACAACUACAUCACAAAUGACAGGAACGGCAGACACCACUACUGCAACACCAACUAUAUCACACACUACAGCCGCAACAGAUACGGCUAUUACUCCAACUGCUACAUCACAAAAUACCACAAUUAUUAUUACUACUAGUAUAUCACCAGCUACAUCACCAGCAACAACAAGCACGUCUACUACACCAGCAACUACAUCACAAACUACAGCAACAACUGGCCCUACUACUACACUUACAACUACAUUACAAACUACAACAGGAGGCACCGCUACUACACCUGAAACUGCAUCACAAACAAGAGCUUCAAUAGGUAACACUACCACACCAACAACCACACCACAAACUACAGCCACAACAGACACAUCUACUACGCAAGUAACUACAUCACAAACUGCAGCAACAACAGGUCCGCCUUCUACACCAGCACCUGUGUCACAAACAACAGCAUCAGCAGGUACCACAACUACACCAACUACAUCACAAACUACUGCAGAAGGAACUACAACACAAAGUACAGGAGCAACAGAUAGGGCUAUUACUUCAACUACUACCUUACAAAAUACCACAAGAAGUAGUAUUACUACUACUUCAUCGACAAUUACAUCACAGUCUAUUGCGAAAACAGGCACCACUAAUACACCAGCAACAACGUCACAAAUUACAGCAACAACGUCACAAAUUACAGCAACAACGUCACAAAUUACAGCAACAACUGGCUCCACUACUACACCUAGAACUUUAUCACAAACUACAAUAACAGCAGGCACCGCUACAACACAAGUAACUACACCACAGACAACAGCAGCAACAAGUACAACUAUUACACCAACUACUACGUCACAAGGUGCCACAAGAGACACCACCACCAUUACUCCAGCAUCUACGUCACAAGCUGCAACAACAGCAGUCCCCACUACCAGUCCCACAACAAUAACUCCAAUAGCCACAACACAACGACCAACAAUUACAAGAGAACCAUCAACAUCAAUAACGGAAACAAUAACGACAACAGAACCAACAUCAACCACUGUGGAACAACGAGCAUCUUUAAACAAAUCAUCUGCAAUAAGUACAACAAUAGCUACACCAUCAAGAACAACAACAUCAACAACAUCCACAGCAGAAUCAAUAGUAACACCUACAACAGAACGAACAACCGUUGCUACAAAACCAACAUUAGUGACUACAAAAACCCCAAGAACAACAACAGAACCAACAACACUCACAACACCAACUAAAGCAGAACUAUCAACAACAAUCACUACAACAUCCACCAUAGAAGAACCAGCAACAAGAACCACAACAGAACCACUAACAACAAUCACAACUAAUACAACAACUACAAUUGGGCGAAAGACAACCAUAAAUGUGCCAACCACAAUAACAACAGAACCAACAACAACCAAAACGGAACCAACAGCAACCACAACGGAAGCAAAACUACCAACAAUAAACCCUACAGAACAACCAUCAGCUACUACAGCAUCGCUAUUUAAAAUCACAAAGCAAACGGAAACAACCACUACAUCACAACCAACGCUAGCAACCAGAACAGAGGUAACAAGAACAGAAUCUACAAGUGCAAUCAAAAACGAACCAACAGCAUCACCUAUAACAAUGAAAGCAGCAAAAAGUACGUUAAGAGUAACAACAGUAAACACAUCGGAAUCGACAAUAACAGCCAAAAAAGAAACUACAACCUCAAACACAGAAGAGCUAACAACGACAGCAGCACCAAUCACAACACAGUCAGUAAUAUUAAGAGCAGUGACCACAAAAUCACUAAGCAAACCAACAACAGAAUCAACAACAAACACCGCAGAACGGGAAACAACAUCAACAACAGAACCGACAGUAAUAACCACAACAGAAUCAGCAACAACCACAGAAGAACCAAUAGCAUCACCAAUUACCACAACGGAACCAGCAACAACCACAACAAAACCAAAAACAGAACCAACAAUAACAACCAUGCUAGAACCAACAAUAGCCACAUCAGAACCAACAACGUCCAGAGAGGAACAACCAAAAACCACAACAGAACAAACAACAAACAAACGACAACCGAUAACAACAGAAGCAGCAACAACCACAACCACAACAGAACAAACAAACCAACAACAACCACAACAGAACCAACAACAACCACAGCAGCAGAACCACAACAACCAAAAACAAGAAAACAAAUAA